AUGGACGCCCACGUAUCCGUUGCAGCGCCAAACUCGACGAUCGAGGGUGUUGAUUCAAGUCUGUUUAUCAGCGCUGUGCCAACGUCUUGGUCCGGUUCAAUUCUUCUGGGACUGUUCGUUGGUUAUGUCGCUCUCUGCUCUCUUUUCAGGUUCUCCCGGAUCAACUCACUUCGGUCCAAACUUGGAUAUCAUGAUCGUGCCUCAUUGAGUCGAAUGACAAACCAAGAUGCCUUUGAGAUUACUAGUCAUUUAGCACGAUUCGAGUUCCCGCUCUUUUAUGACCUUUCUGUUCGAUUGGCCCUUUUCGAGACGUAUGCUGUUCAACCUGUUGCCCAUGUUCUUUAUGGCGGCAGUGAUCUAGCCUCGCGGACUAAAGCACCCAAAAGAUACGCAGAUACUGAGGCUGUCUAUGUUUGUUUUGCAAACUUCCCCCCUACCUCACCCGUACUCCAUAAAGCGGUCGCGCGGACAAACUUCCUCCAUGGUCCAUAUAUCAAGAGUGGCAAAAUUACACAAGAGGAUUUACUCUAUGUGCUUUACGCCUCCUUUGCUGAGCCUAUCAGGUUCCUCCCCAUCUAUGAGUAUCGCAAACUUGAGGAUAUGGAAAUAGCUGGUCUGGUAACUAUGUGGAAGUAUGUUGCCGACAUGAUGGAUAUCGAUUACAGAACUGUGCUCAAGAAGAACGAGUGGACGGAUGGGCUUGAAUUCCUCGAGGAUAUGACACGUUUCGGAAGCGAUUACGAGGAUAAGUAUCUGCGCCCUACAGAAGAUAUCCAGAAGCUGGGAGACGUCCUGAUGAACCUACUGCUGGAUUCAUACCCCAAGAUUGUCUCUCCUGUUGGAUAUCAAGCAGCCUGUGUCCUCAUGGGUCCUCGAUUAAGGCGAGCUUUCGGCUUUCCGGAGCCAGGACUGGCCAUCACCGUUCUGACGUACAGCCUAUUGCUCGUCCGAAAAUUGUUUGUCCGGUUCCUUUGCCUUCCCCGUCUAACUCCCUCUGUGUACCUGUCCCAGCCAGACCAGGAGACAGGUCGAAUCAAGUCGUACCAUUACAUGAAGGAGCCAUUCUACGUCCCUCCCACGUUCUGGCAACGCUGGAAUCCCGAGGCAUGUAUCACAAGACUUUCUGGUGGACUACUUCCCGGUGAUGGUGGCGCUGAAAUGAAGCCUGACGGAUUCCUGUUUGAGGAUCUAGGUCCCAAUAGGGUCGUUGGCAAGGGCGUUGAGGAGACAAAGAAGUUCGAAGAGAUUGUGAAGUCCAAGGCGUUUGCGGGUUGUGUUUAUAAGUCGACAAACGCCUAA